AUGGCUGCUUCUUCGAAUGCCAGCACGAAAUCCGAUCCCACCCCUGACUCCUCGCUGCCACCAGCCAACAUGGAUGACGACAACGUGUCAAAAACGAUGCAGGACGAAGAGACGCGCAUGAAACUACAACGCGAGAAGCAAGACGCGAAACGUGAUGCUCAAUUGGAGAGGGAGAGGCAGGAGGAUAUCAAGAGUGGCAGAGAGGUGUUGGACAAGAAGUUUCAGCAAUUGGAGUUUUUGAUGAAUAAGAGCAAGCUUUAUGCGACGGUCAUGCUUGCGCAAAUGCAGCGCCAGGAGGACGAAGAAAAGGAACAGGACGAAAAGACGGAUGGUCAAGCCUCCAGACGCGAGAAGAACGCUGAAACAGCAGCUGCAGAAUCGCAACGACGCGCAACACGAAACUCAGCCGUGAACGGGGCAUCGACGCUAGGGAAAAAGGCAGAUAGUGCGUCAAAGAAGAAGGGGAGAGGGAGGCCAAGGAAGGAGAACUCGAGUAUAGCGGACUACUUCAAGAAAGAAGACCUGGAGAAGAAAGUUGAAGAAGAAGCUACAGAAAAGCACAAGGACGAGGACAACGUCAAGACAGGAGACAUUGGCAUCCAAAACCUCAAGUCCGCACGACAACCGAAACUCGUCACCGGAGGCACAAUGCGAUCCUAUCAGUUAGAAGGGCUGGAAUGGAUGCUCUCACUUUACCAGAAUGGUAUUAAUGGCAUUCUAGCAGAUGAGAUGGGUCUAGGCAAGACGAUACAAACCAUCUCUAUGCUCGCACAUCUGUGGGAGAACAACUCGUUUGGCCCGUUCCUGAUUGCUGCUCCUCUCAGCACAACGAGCAAUUGGGUGGCUGAGUUCGAGAAGUGGACACCAAGCAUUCCGGUAAUGCUUUAUCACGGCGACAAGAAGGAGCGUGAGAAGCUUCGCAAGACGAGACUGAAGAAUCCAGGCACGAAAGAUUUCCCCGUCGUUGUCACCAGCUAUGAGAUUUGCAUGAACGACCGGAAGUUUUUGACCCACUUUGGCUGGCAGUUCAUUAUUAUCGAUGAGGGACAUCGUAUCAAGAAUCUUGACUGCCGGCUCAUCCGCGAAUUGCAACAGUUUCAGUCCGCAAAUCGUCUCCUCAUCACUGGAACACCACUGCAAAACAAUCUUGUAGAGCUCUGGUCUCUGCUACACUUUCUUCUGCCAACAGUGUUUGACAAACUGUCCACAUUCGAGAGUUGGUUUGAUUUUUCUGGCUUGAAAGACAAGUCGAACUUUGAGCAGCUCCUCUCCGAGGAGCGACAGCAGUAUUUGGUGAAGUCACUGCAUGCAGUACUGAAACCAUUCUUGCUGCGGCGUGUCAAGACUGACGUCGAAGCUCUGAUGCCCAAAAAGCGAGAGUAUGUACUCUAUGCACCGCUUACUCCAAUGCAGCGAGAGCUAUAUCAGGCGAUUUUGGACGGCACAAGCCGAUCAUACCUCGAGGAUAAGGCAGUCGAGAGGCUAAGCGUCGGGCUCGCGAGCCGGUCUGGGACGCCUCUGAGUAUCCGUAGCAACAACACCGUCAAACGCAAAGCUGUCAGCAGUGCUAACACGCCCGUCAAGAGCGUGAAGUCGUCUCGUGCUGGUACCCCUGCGUCAGUGGCUUCUACACGUGGCCGUGAUAGAGCUAAGAGGAAUUAUGAAGAGGUUAGCGAUGAUGAGUACUUUGCGGGCAUCGACAAAGAAGACAGCACAUUGGAGGAAGAAGAAAAACUUGACUCAGAAGGAGAAGAUGAGCGUAUCAGGGCAGCAACGUUCGAGAUUGCGAAGCGUCAGCUCUUACAAAAGAAACUUGGCAACCCGAUCAUGCAGCUCCGCCUCUGUUGCAACUCGCCCUACAAUUUCUUCAACCCAUUCCUGAAAGCCGAAAUCGAGGACGGCGAAACCUUCGCGUCCGACACGGAUAUUGACGAAACCAUCGUCUCAACAUCUGGCAAGAUGCUGCUUCUCGACUCCCUCCUCCCUCCUCUGAUCGACGACGGCCACAAAGUCCUUAUUUUCAGCCAAUUCACCACAACUCUCGACCUCAUUGGGCAAUACCUCGCUUUGCGGUCUUGGUCGCACGCCCGCAUCGACGGUUCCGUCGCGCAAUCCGACCGACAAGCCCAGAUUCUCGCCUUCAAUAAGUCAAAUUCCAAAGAUGGAACAAACAUCUUCAUCUUAUCCACCCGCGCCGGCGGCCAAGGUAUCAACCUCGCAGCCGCAGACACUGUGAUUCUCUUCGACUCAGACUGGAACCCUCAGCAGGAUCUCCAAGCCAUGGAUCGCGCGCAUCGCAUUGGGCAAACGCGCAACGUCAUCGUCUACCGCUUCGCCACACGCAACACAGUUGAGCAGAAGCUCCUUGAGUCCGCCGAAGCCAAGCGUCGUCUUGAGAAACUCGUCAUCCGCAAAGGCGGCGUGCGAAACAAUGCAGGCAAGGGGGUGGAGAAGGAGCAAGAGGUUGAGGAGCUGCAGAGGCUGCUUCGGAGAAGCGAUGGUGAGAAAUUCGACAUUGCGGGUGAAGGGGAGGGGAGAUUGUUCAGUGAGGAAGAGUUGGCGAUCUUGUUGGAUCGAAGCGAUGAGGCGUAUGAGAGGGCGGAGAAGGGACUGGAUGUUGGUGGUGAAGGGCAGGUGUUCCAAGCUGUGGGGAAAAGGGAAGAAGGAGCUCUUAUGGAAGGGCUAAGGGCGUAA